AUGCAAUCUUUCAACAAGAUUGAUGUAGUUAAAGUGAUCAUAAUAGCAUUGUUCUCACUUCGCUAUACCAGUAGCCUUAAUCACGGUUUAUCGCACAACAACGCAGCACUUUCGAGAACAAAGCGAUACUUAGUUUUUUCGCCAACUAGUGAUUUAGCCAUAACGAAAGUGCAGUUAAUUUUUGGCCUUGGUUUACCCAUGGAGGUCGACGUCAGUACGAUUAUUGGAUAUGUGAUGAAAUGUAAUUAUGCUUUGCCCUCCAACACUUCGUACUUGACAAAUCCAUACAUUCGGCAUGCCAGAUCGAUGAAAUAUGACGGAAAAAUAUUGGAAAACUUUCCAUCGGCGUCUCACGAAAAGGAUCGAAACGCAGUGGCCGGCGAAACUAUGACUCGGUAUGAAAUUUAUAAAAUGGUAGAGAGCAUUAUAGAUACUUUUCAAUCGGGAAAAGCUUGCUUAUUGAAAGCUAUUUGUGAAUCAGCAGGGACGUCUUUGAGUGGCGAAGCUGAUAUUUUUGCGCAGAUUCUACAUGCUUUCCUCACACCAUCUACUACGUUUGAAAAUUAUAAGGAUUCUACUGAUCAAGAAUAUCACGCAGCCGAGAUUAUUGGAAGAAAAGAAUCCAACCAAUGCACAAAUUUAUUCCCGGAAUGCGAAAAUAGCAUUUUAGACUACUUUACCGAAGUUUUGUGAAAAAAUUAUUCAGAGGAUGACUUAAGUGGUGCAUAAGAAAAAAUCUAGAUUCAAAGUUGCUUCUUUCAGUUUUAGGGACUAUUAGUUCUUCCUUCUUAAAUUCACUUAAAUUAUGUAUUAAAUAGGGUUGGUGCAGGUCAAGGAAUUCGUAAAAGUCAGGAAAAAUCAGGGAAUUUUAAACGGGUCUACAGAUGCCAGUGAAAAACUAAAAUAAUCUGAAAGCUUGCGAUAAACUUGAGUUUAUUAAAAUUUCAUAUAAAUUCUGUUAAUUAAAUAAAAGUCGAAAUCUUUAUGGAAUUAGAUUGAGAAAAGUUGAUUAAAAAGUUAAACUCAUUUGGUAAACAAUUCAUCAAUUUGGUCAAACAUUAACUUUUAGCAGAAAAUAUAUCUCUUCAGUUUGAAAA